GGGGCGCGCGGGCGGGCGGGACUGGAGCCGCGGCCUCCUGCCUGGACGGGGCCGCGCUGGGCUGCCGGCGGCCGCGAUGGCGACGCGGAGCGAGGAGGGCGCGGCGCGGGGCCUGUUCGGCCGGGGCGUGAGGGCCGCGCUGGGCUGCUGGCCGGCCCUGCAGAUUGCAGUUGAAAAUGGUUUUGGCGGGGCAUGCAGCCAAGAAAAAGCUGAAUGGAUGGUGGGAGCUGUGGAGCAGUUCUUCCAAAGCAACGCUGAACUGGAGCCAGAGGAGGUGGACAGUUUCCUUGCCGAGGUGAUGAACAAUGAAUUUGAUACCAUGAUAGAAGAUGGCAGCUUGAGACAGGUAAGCCAGCAACUGUGCUUGUUCUUCCGCCAGUGCCGGCAGGGAAACGCGGCAGCGGUGCAUGAGGCCAUUGCCCGGCUGGCCCAGAAGCAGCAGGAGGCCAGGGCAGCUGCCACAAAAGCCCUGGCAGCCGAGGGAAGCAGCAGUGAGGAGGAGCAGGAGACGGAGGAAGAGGCCAUGGAGUGCAGCAUGAACGGGCCGCAACCCAGCCCCCCUCCUGUCUCAGGCCCAGAUGAUGAAGAUGGUUGGACUUUGGUAAGGAAGAAAAGGAAAUGAGCCAGAGGAAAAUGCAACAAUGGCAGGGUUCUUGCCUGGACUACUGCAAGCGGAGUCCUGUCCCUCGUGUCGAAGUCACGGAGAAGAUGAGCGAUGGAGGGGCAGGAUGGAAUUGGGCCCUUGGGUUGGCUGUGCCGCAUGGCUGCCCUCUGCUGCUCCGCCCUGCAGGCAUCAGGAGCAAGCUCUCAGCCACAGAGUGUGGGGAGGGGGGGCUCUCUCUCUCUGUUCAGUGCAUCUUUUUCACUAAUGCUCCUUGUUGCCCGCAGUUCUCAGCAGAGAGAAGGGCCAACAGCAUAGCAUCUCCAACUACUCCUCUAAUGCUUAGCUGAAUUGUUGCCUGACUGACACUUCACCGCCUGGUGGCAAUGAGUUCCACAAGCUUGGAUCACAAAUUCAUUCUCACUGUCUUAAACCUGCUAUUUACUCAUUUCACUCGCUCACUCCAAGUCCCAUUAGGAAAGAGAAUAAAGGUUUCCCCGUGUUUACA